GUCUUCGAGGACCAUGCGCCCAACGUCGCGGCGGCGAUCAUCAUUCUGUCAUUCAUAUCUUGCAUUGUGUUUCCUUUGCGAGUGUAUACGCGGAUCAAGUUUGGCUCCUGGGGAUUCGAUGACUGGGCAAUGACCAUUGCAGUGAUACCAUAUGCCGCCCUCAGCGUCUUCUGCCUCGGAGGUGCUUUCCUCGGCAUUGGAGUCCACAAAUGGCAUCUCGAUGAAGCACAAACCGAGACAGCAAUGAUGUGGUUCUUCUUCUUCGAAAUCUUCUUCUGCGUUGCCAUAAUUCCCAUCAAGCUCUCCAUCGCCUUCAUGCUCAUGCGCAUCGCCGGUCCGAAACGAAUCUACACCACCAUUCUCUGGGUCGUGACGGUGCUUACGCCUGAAGGGCAGUGUUUGCCGACCAAGGAUCUGGCGGAUAUCUACUACGCCGAUACCGCGGUGAAUAUCAUUACUGAUUGGUGUUGUGCUCUGCUACCGAUCCCACUCCUCUGGAACCUCCAACUCAACACCAACGCCAAAAUCUCCGUCGGCUUCCUCCUCAGUCUCGGCGUCCUCGCCAGUCUCUCCGCUUGCAUUCGAUUGCGCUACACCGUCAAUUUGAACAACACCGAUGACUACCUCUUCUCCGUCGGCGAUGUCGUAAUUUGGGGCUAUGCCGAGAACGGCGUCGGCUUCAUAGUAGGCUGCAUCGCCACUCUCCGCCCCCUCUUCCGCGGCCUCUUUCAC